GAGCCAUUGAGCGGAUAAUAUAUAUAUUAUAUACCUUUUUAGUCUAUUGUAUAUGUAAAAUACAUUAUAAAUGUAAAAAAAAUCUCUAGUCAAGUAUUUUUUUUUUUUUUUUUUUUUGAUAAUAUAUUUAUUAAUAGAAUUAUGUUUGUGUAUGUGUGUGUGUGCGUAUCUAUCAAUCGAAAUUCGAAUCUCAUGUGUAAAUCAAUAUGAACUUUAACCGCGUCUUUUUUUUUCUUCUAUUUCGCGAUUACACCUGUCAACAAAAAAUAAUUGUUAACAAAAGAGCAAAAACCCUCGAGUCACUUUUUAAACGUCAUGUCUGCAAAUGACGUAUAUACAAUACUGACAAUCUCGUAAAAAUAUACAUGAUAAACAUUGAAAGAAACGAAUUAUAUAAAAAAAAGGAAAAAAAAAAUUAUGAUUUGAAAAAAAUUAAAAACAAACUGUAAUGAAAAAAAAGUGUCUUAUUGAUAUUUUAUAACAGAAUUAAAUAAAAAAAAUUUUUUUUUAAAUAUGAAGUUUUCGCGCGUGUUUGAAAAUUUUGAAGAAAAAUUCUUUUCAUUCGUAAAUGCAUCUUAGCUUCGCAUUAUAAUACAGAUCAAAUUCCCUCGAGUGAGGAUCCAAUUUUUCUCAAAAUGACUUCUCAGGAAGCAAUAGUCGUUAGAAAUGCUCGGAAAAAUUAUGGAAAAACAAAUAUUGUCCUUAAUGGAUUAAAUAUGACUGUUUCUCGUGGAACUAUCUACAGUCUACUGGGUGCAAGUGGAUGUGGAAAAACCACUCUUUUAUCAUGUGUAGUUGGCGUGAGAAAAUUGGAUAGUGGCACAAUAUGGUGUCUGGGUGGUAAACCAGGAUCAAAAGGCUCAGGAGUGCCCGGACCUCGAUUAGGUUAUAUGCCACAGGAAAUUUCUCUCGUUCAAGAAUUUACUCUUCUUAAUGCUCUUUAUUACUUUGGCAGAAUUAAUGGUGUCAAUGAAGAUAUGAUUGAAAAAAGAUAUUUGGAACUUUCAACUUUAUUUGAACUUCCACCAAAAAAUAGAAUGGUUAAGCACAUGAGUGGAGGUCAACAAAGGAGAGUUUCUUUUGCAGCUGCACUUAUUCACAAUCCAGAAUUAUUAAUUUUGGAUGAACCCACUGUGGGAUUGGAUCCCAUUCUACGGGAGAACAUUUGGAAUUAUCUCGUAAAUUUAUCCCAGGAAUAUGGCACCGCCAUUGUAAUUACCACACAUUACAUCGAGGAAGCAAAACAGGCGAAUAAAAUUGGAUUAUUGAGAUGUGGACAAUUAUUAGCAGAAGCUCCACCAGGUCAUCUUUUGAUGAAAUUUCAAUGUCAAACAUUGGAAGAUGCUUUUCUUGCAUUAAGUCAACGGCAGAAGGAUAAACAAGAUCGAGGAAUAAUGGAAAUUGAAACCGAAUAUUAUUCUGAAUUGGAUGAAGUGAUUUCACCGACAACUCCAUCAAAUAAUUAUUCCGUCAAGAAAAAUAGUAUUUUCCCAAUUAAUGAUAACAGUAUAAUUAGUAAAAAAAAUUGGAGAGAAUCAUCCUGUAAAAGAUUUAAAGCACUGAUGAUAAAAAAUACUUUGCAGUUUCUACGUCAUCCUGGAGGAAUCAUGUUUGCACUUUUGUUUCCAAUAGUUGAGUUAAUGUGUUUUUUUCUUUCAAUUGGUGGUGAUCCAAAAGGUUUGAAAUUAGCUGUGGUUAAUGAUGAAGCAGGAAAUUGUAAUUUUGGUAAUAAUACAGGACAUUUUUCAUACGAUCCAGUAAAUUUAACUUGUUUUUAUACCGAUUUAAGUUGCACGUAUUUAAAUGGAUUUGAUGAUUCAAUUGCUGAAAAGGUGUAUUAUUCAACUAUGGAAGAAGCAACUAAAGCAAUUUUAAAAUCAUCAGAUAAAGUCGUGGGUGUGAUACAUUUUGCAAAAAAUUUUUCACAAGCAUUCGAAGAAAAACGCGACAGUACAGAUUAUUUGGAUGAAGGAUCUAUUGAAGCUAGUGAAAUACCAAUAUUUUUGGAUAUGGGUGACAGACAAAUUGGAAUGUUUAUGCAAACAAAAUUGUAUAAUCGAUAUUUUGAGAUAACACGUAAAGUCUAUAAGGAAUGUGCAAUUUCCGAACAAUUUGCUGAUUUACCUGUUAAAUUUGAAACACCAAUAUUUGGUAAAUUGGAUCAAUCUUACAGAUCGUUUGUAGCCCCAGUGUUUAUAUUAACACUUGUAUUUUUCCUUGCAACUGCUGUAGCAUGUUUUAUCAUUAUUUCUGAUCGGCAUGAAGGAGUUUGGGACAGAAGUCUUGUUCAAGGUGUUACAACAACGGAAAUUUUACUUGCUCAUUUAUUGACACAAUUUACAGUGAUUCUCCUUCAAAGUACAAUAUGUCUAUCCCUGAGCUUUUUAGUAUUCAAUUUAGUUUGUGAAGGACCAUUAUUAACUGCUAUUUGUUUAGUAAUAUUAACGGGCCUGUGUGGAAUGUGUUACGGAUUUCUGAUAUCUGUUUACAGUAAUUCUCACACGUUAGCGAAUUUUAUAGCAACCGGAAGUUUUUAUCCAAUGAUAUUACUUUGUGGAUGUAUAUGGCCAUUAGAAGGGAUGCCAAAAUUUCUUCACUGGUUCAGUUUGACGUUGCCAAUAACUGUUCCUGGCCUAUCUAUGAGAGGGAUAUUAGAUCAAGGAUAUACAAUAAACGAACCAAUAGUUUAUGAUGGAUUUUUAAUAGUGUCCAGUUGGACAGCAUUUUUCAUUGCUCUUUGCUUGAUUGGUCUCAGGAUAAAAGAAGGAACGUAGCUUAACUAUUCAUUUUUAUAUAAUCUGUACAAAAUUUAUUUUAUUCCUUCUUUUACGAGAAAAGAUCA